AUGUAUUCUGUAGCAUUGCUGCUGAUGCUGGCCGUCAGGAUCUACGCAGACAGUAUGGAGGGACCAACAGCCGGCUGUACCUUUGAUGAGGAUUCAGACCCUGGCUUGUGUGAAUACAGACAGGGCCAAGAUGACGACUUUGACUGGCAGCUGAUCAGGACCUACAAUUGGCCACACCCGACCCCAGAUCUUCUACGAGGGUCCUUCAUGAUGGUCAAUUCCUCGCAGCAUUUCGGAGGCCAGCGGGCUCAGCUGCUCCUGCUUCCGCUCAGUGAGAACGACACCCACUGCAUCCAGUUCAGCUACUUCCUGUACAGCCGCGACGGCCACAGCCCCGGGGACCUGCAGGUCUUCAUCCGGGUCAAUGGAGGCUCCAAGGGCAGCGCCGUGUGGAAUAUCUCGGGCUCCCAGGGCCGGCAGUGGCACCAAGUGGAGCUCGCCGUCAGCACUUUCUGGCCCAGUGAAUACCAGGUCAUCUUCGAAGCAACUGUUUCCGAGGAGCGGCAGGGCUACAUUGCCUUGGACGACAUUGUGCUGCUCAAUUACCCCUGUUACAAGGUGCCUCAUUUCUCUCGGCUGGGUGACGUGGAGGUGAACGCCGGGCAGAAUGCCUCGUUCCAGUGUGUCGCCACGGGCAAAGUCUCGGAAAGUGAUCCUUACCUCCUGGAGCGGAGAAACGGCAUGCUGCUGAGCGGACCUUUGCUGUCACGGCUGAGCCACAAACGGUUGAUGGCCACUUUCCAAGUGGAGGCGCAGCGUGGAGAGCAGGACCUCUACCGCUGCAUCACCCUGUCCUCCAAGGGCGCCACUAUCUCCAACUUUGGUGAACUCAUCGUCAGAGUGCCCCCCACACCAAUUGCCCCACCUCAGCUCUUGCGGGCAGGCCCCACCUAUCUGAUCAUCCAGCUCAACACUAACUCCAUCGUUGGGGAUGGACCAGUCAUCCGGCGGGAAAUCCAGUACCGUGCCAGUCAGUCCACGUGGACGGAGACUCAUGGUGUGGGCUCACUCACCUACAAAGUUUGGCAUCUAGAGCCAGACACAGAGUACCGCAUCAGUGUCCUGCUCACCCGGCCUGGGGAAGGGGGCACCGGAGCACCUGGACCCCCUCUGAUCAGCAGGACAAAGUGUGCAGAGCCCAUGCGUGCCUUGAGGGGUCUUACGGCCGGAGAGAUCCAGCCUCGGCAGCUGGCCCUUCAGUGGGAGCCCCUUGGCUACAACCUCACCCGCUGUCACACCUACACCUUGUCCCUGUGCUACCGCUACUCCAUGCCAACAGGGGGCAGCGGGGGGAACAACGCCACCGUCAGAGAGUGCCUGUCCGUGGAACGCAACACCUCUCACUUCACCCUCAGAGACCUACCGCCCUUCCGAUCGGUCCACGUCCGGCUGGCGCUGGCCAAUCCAGAGGGCAAGAAGGAGAGCAGAGAAGUCACCUUCCAGACCGAGGAAGACAUUCCUGGCGGCAUCGCUCCGGAGUCUCUGACCUUCACCCCUCUCGAUGACAUGAUCUUCCUCAAGUGGGAGGAGCCAGUGGAACCCAAUGGUCUCAUCACGCAGUACGAGAUCAGCUACCAGAGUAUUGAGUCAUCUGACCCGGGAAUUAAUGUACCAGGUCCCCGCCGUACAGUGUCCAAGCUGAGGAACGAGACCUACCACAUGUUCUCCGGCUUGCAUCCUGGAACCACCUACCUGGUGUCAGUCCGAGCCCGAACCGCCAAAGGGUUUGGCCAGACUGCUCUCACUGAGAUCACCACCAACAUAUCUGCACCCGUGUUCGAGUAUGAAGACAUCCCCUCUCCGCUGAGUGAGUCGGAGAGCACCAUCACCGUGCUGCUGCGCCCCGCGCUAGGGAGAGGGGCUCCUGUCAGUGCCUACCAGGUGGUGGUGGUGGAAGAGGACGGCUCCCGCCAGGUUAGGCGAAGGGAACUGGGCUCCGUCGACUGCUUCCCCACACCAAACUCCUACAACGAGGCCCAGGCCAAAGGGGUCCCGCAUUACUACACAGCCGAGCUGGCCCCGAGCAGCCUGCCCGAGGCCACGCCCUUCACUGUGGGCGACAACCACACCUACAACGGCUACUGGAACAGCCCUCUGGAUCCCACCAAGAACUACCUCAUCUACUUCCAGGCCACCAGCAACUUCAAAGGGGAAACCAGAAUAAACUGCAUUCGGAUCGCUCGCAAAGCUGCCUGCAAGGACUCGAAGCGGGCCCUGGAGGUCUCCCAGCAUGCCGAGGACAUGGGUCUGAUUCUGGGGGCCUGUGCUGGUGGUCUGGUGGUCCUCAUUCUGCUUCUAGGAGCCAUUGUCAUCAUCAUCAAGAAGGGAAGGGACUUCUAUUCUUACCCUUACUACCCUAGGAAGAAGGUGGCCAUAAACAAGGCGGCCAUGUCCUACAGGCAGGAGAAGAGCCGGAAGCUGAGCUCUCUGGACUGCAGCAUGACAGAGCAGAGCACUCUCCAGCAGGAUGAGAGGAUGGCCCACUCCUUCAUGGAUGCCCACGGCUGCAACGCUCGAACCGAACAGCGUAGCUCCGUCAACGAGUCCAGCAGCUUACUGGGGGGCUCACCCCACCGCCACUCUCGGAGGAAGAGCUCGCCUUAUCACACGGGUCAGCUCCACCCGGCCGUAAGGGUGGCUGACCUCCUUCAGCACAUCAACCAGAUGAAGACUGCAGAGGGAUACGGCUUCAAGCAAGAGUAUGAGAGUUUUUUCGAUGGCUGGGAUGUCACAAAGAAGAAGGAUAAAACCAAAGGAAGGCAUGACAGCUUGCUGAGCCAUGAUCGCCAUCGAGUCAAACUCCACUCGCUGCUGGCAGACCCCAGCUCUGACUAUGUCAAUGCCAACUACAUAGAUAUUCGGAUAAACAGGGAAGGUUACCAGCGAUCAAACCACUUCAUCGCCACUCAAGGCCCCAAGCAGGAGAUGAUCUACGACUUCUGGCGGAUGGUUUGGCAGGAGAACUGCUUCAGUAUUGUCAUGAUCACCAAGCUGGUGGAAGUGGGCAGGAUGAAGUGCUGUAAGUAUUGGCCUGAUGACACCGAGCUCUACGGUGACAUUAAGAUAACACUACUGAAGACAGAAACAUUGGCAGAGUACACCGUGCGCACCUUCGCCAUGGAGCGGAGAGGUUACCCUGCCAAACAUGAGGUGUGUCAGUUCCACUUCACCUCCUGGCCUGAGCAUGGCGUGCCCUACCACGCUACUGGCCUGCUGGCUUUCCUGCGCCGGGUCAAGGCCUCAACACCUCCUGAUGGUGGACCUGUGGUGGUCCACUGCAGUAUGGGGGCAGGCAGGACCGGCUGCUACAUUGUGCUGGAUGUCAUGCUGGAUAUGGCUGAGUGCGAAGGAGUGGUGGACAUCUACAACUGUGUCAAGACCCUCUGCUCCCGCCGCAUCAACAUGAUCCAGACUGAAGAGCAGUACGUGUUCAUCCACGACGCCAUCCUGGAGGCGUGUCUGUGCGGAGAGACCGCCAUCCCCGUCAAUGAGUUCGUCCUCACCUAUAAGGAGAUGCUGAAGGUGGACUCCCAGAGCAACACCUCUCAGCUCAGAGAGGAGUUUCAGACUCUGAACUCGGUGACUCCUCACCUGGAUGUGGAGGAGUGCAGCAUCUCCCUGAUGCCCAGGAACCGCGAGAAGAACCGCAGUAUGGACGUCCUGCCACCAGACCGCUCCCUGGCCUUCCUGGUCACCACUGAGGGAGAGAGCAGCAACUACAUCAACGCUGCGCUCGCCGACAGCUUCCUGCGGCCCGCUGCCUUCGUGGUGACGCCGCAUCCGCUGCCCGGCACCACCACCGACUUCUGGAGGCUGGUGUACGACUACGGCUGCACCUCGGUGGUGAUGCUCAACCAGCUCAACCAGUCCAACUCUGCCUGGCCUUGUCUGCAGUACUGGCCUGAACCUGGUCUGCAGCAGUUCGGACCGAUGACAGUGGAGCUUCUGUCCAGGACGGCCGACGAUGACGUUAUCAUCCGUCUCUUUCGGGUCCAGAACAUCAGCCGGCUACAGGAAGGCCAGCUCGUGGUGCGGCACUUCCAGUUCCUACGCUGGUCCCCUUACCGAGAUGUGCCCGACUCCAAGAAAGCUUUCCUCAGCCUUUUGGCUCAGGUUCACAACUGGCAGAUGGAGUGUGGCGAGGGACGCACCGUCGUCCACUGCCUGAACGGCGGUGGUCGAAGUGGUACUUUCUGUGCCUGCACCAUGAUCCUGGAAAUGAUUCGCCACCACAGCUUGGUGGACGUGUUCUUCGCUGCCAAAACGCUGCGCAACUCCAAGCCAAACAUGGUGGAAACAAUGGAGCAGUACCGGUUCUGCUAUGACCUGGCCCAGGAGUACCUGGACUGCUUGGAAGUCAGAUAG